AGGGAGGAGUCUUGCUUGCGGAGGCUAGAGCGGACGUUAGACAUGGUGUUGGGGAGCGAGAAGGAGGCGCUGGGCGACGGGGACCCCAAGAAGGAAGAUGAAGAAGAGGAGGAGCAAGAAUUGGUGGACCCCCUGACCACUAUAAGGGAGCACUGCGAGCAGAUAGAGAAAUGCGUGAAGGCCCGUGAGCGGCUAGAGAUGUGCACGGACCGCGUGUCUUCGCACCCCAACACUGAGGAGGACUGCACUGAGGAGCUCUUUGACUUCCUGCAUGCCCGUGACCACUGCGUGGCCCACACACUCUUUGAAAGCGUGAAAUAAAUGUGUGUGGCUGUGCCAGCUGCUCCAGGCUCUGCCCUGUUGGGGGGCGUCUCAGUGGCAUCAUUUCCCAUCACAUCACCCUGGAUCUCGGACACUGUUGUACCAUGUGUCCUGUUAUUCUGCAUGAGCCCGUGUGACCCACAACAGCUCCAUUUGAAUAAAACCCAGUCAUCUGUG